UUGAAACUUGAAAGCUCCGUUUGAUAGCAACUCGGGAGCGAAGUGAAGCCUCCAUACCACUCUUCCUCCCUCCACACUCACUGUUAAUCAUUGCACGGAACAGUUCAUUCAAUUUCCUGUUCUCAUGUUAUUUGCCACUUCACUAUGGCUGAGCUUAGUUUCUUCUCUCUCUUUCUGCACUUAGUAUCUUCAUUCUUCACUGUAAUUUGAAUUGGAUCCUCUGGUUCCUACUUUCUGUAAGAUUUCAUCUUUCUUCUUUCCACUGUAUUGGAAGGAUUAAAUGGAAACUGGGUCAAGCUCAGAAUUUGACGAAGGCUUGACACUGAGGAAUGGCAAGAGACAUAAUCCUGUACCUGCAAGAGUGGAGCCUUUUGUGCCAAAAACCGACCACAACCCGAGAGAGCUGCGCUCUUGGGCGAAGAGGACUGGAUUUGUCUCCGAUUACUCGGGGGAAGCAGGUACUAGUGCCAGUGAAAAGUUCGAUGGUGUUGGGUUGAAUCUGGAAAGGAAUCAUGAGCAGAAAAAAGGAGGGACUUCCCCGAAGAUAGAGAUAGAUCCAAUUCUGGGAAGGACGAGACGAGAUCGAGGGAAUGAGAUCCAACCAGAAAAUGGGUCGACGCGUGAUGCGGCAACAAGAGCGGAUAAUGAGAGAGCUCUCAAUUUGGGAAUUGAAAACCAGAAGAAACAUCCUUUCGGAGGGAAUGGUAAUGCUAAUGGAGUUGUGAAUAGAGAGAGCAAUGGUCACGGAACGUCCACGGUUGCUCCAGUACCGGAGGUGAAGAAGGAGGAGGAAGAUAUGGCCGAAGGAGAUGUCAAAGUCAACAUGUAUCCGGAGGGGGAGGGACCUGGUGAAGGGGGAGGGUGGCAGCGACCGCCGGGCUUGAAGUGCGGGCUAAGAGAAAAUCCGGGGUUUGUUCUCCUUAUCUAUUAUGGCUUGCAGCACUAUUUGUCAUUGGCAGGGUCACUUAUAUUUAUUCCACUAAUCAUGGUACCAGCCAUGGGGGGAACAGAUAAGGAUACUGCUACGGUAAUUUCUACUAUGUUGUUUGUUUCUGGCAUCACAACAAUACUACAUUCCUACUUUGGUACCCGACUGCCAUUAGUACAAGGGAGUUCAUUCGUAUAUCUGGCACCAGCAUUAGUGAUCAUAAAUGCUCAAGAAUAUCGAAAUCUCACCGAACAUAAAUUUAGGCACAUAAUGAGGGAACUCCAAGGAGCUAUAAUUGUUGGUUCAAUAUUCCAAUGCAUCCUGGGAUUUAGUGGCUUAAUGUCUCUUUUGCUUAGGUUAAUCAACCCAAUUGUUGUUGCCCCAACUGUUGCUGCUGUAGGUUUAGCAUUCUUCAGCUACGGCUUUCCUCAAGCUGGUAAUUGCAUUGAAAUCAGCAUUCCGCUCAUAGCAUUGGUUCUAAUUUUCACUCUGUAUCUUCGAGGAAUAUCUAUCUUCGGACAUCACAUAUUUCGAAUUUAUGCUGUUCCGCUUAGUGUCACAAUAAUUUGGAUAUAUGCAUCAUUUUUAACAGCUGGGGGAGCAUAUAAUUACAAAGGAUGUAGUCCUAAUAUACCAAGUUCUAACAUUCUGAAUGAUGCAUGUAGAAGGCAUGCUUAUACAAUGAAGUACUGCAGGACUGAUGUUUCCAAUGCACUGUCAACUGCUGCAUGGGUCAGAUUCCCUUACCCUUUACAGUGGGGUAUCCCUAUUUUCCAUUUUAGGACCUCCAUAAUCAUGAUCAUAGUGUCACUGGUUGCCUCUGUGGAUUCAGUUGGAACCUAUCAUACUGCAUCUUUAAGAGUUAAUUCAAGGGCUCCAACUCCAGGAGUUGUGAGCCGAGGAAUUGCAGUGGAGGGCUUCUGCAGCAUAUUGGCUGGCAUUUGGGGUACAGGUACAGGGUCAACAACUUUGACAGAAAAUAUGCACACAAUUGAUAUAACAAAGGUGGCAAAUCGAAAGGUAGUGGAGCUUGGGGCAGCUUUAUUGAUCCUAUUCUCAUUUUUAGGAAAAGUGGGUGCUCUUCUUGCUUCCAUUCCACUGGCCUUGGCUGCCUCUGUACUAUGCUUCAUGUGGGCCCUUACUGCAGCAUUGGGCCUCUCCACUUUACAAUAUGGUCAGUCAAGCAGCUUCAGGAACAUAACAAUAGUUGGAGUUUCAUUGUUCCUUGGCCUAUCUGUCCCUGCUUACUUCCAACAAUACCAGCCUGUUACCGCUCUAAUACUGCCAAGCUAUCUGAUUCCUUACGCUGCAGCAUCAAGUGGACCAUUCAACACUGGCCUUGAACAGCUGGAUUUUGCGGUCAAUGCUCUCUUGUCCAUGAACAUGGUGGUUACACUCUUGGUGGCAUUCAUACUGGAUAACACUGUGCCUGGCAGUCGACAAGAACGAGGAGUCUACGUUUGGUCUCGAGCCGAAGACUUAUCUGCCGAUCCAUCCUCGCCUUCUGAAUAUUCACUGCCAAAAAAAGUUGGCUGGUGUUGUUGCCGGGCAAAAUGUUUGGGAGUUUGAAUCAUGGUUCUCUCUCUGCAUUGGGCUAUUCUUUGAUAACUUUCCUUUGGAAAAGAUCAUUCAUUGAAUCUGUCUAUUAAUUUUUCAUCUCUUUAGUCGAGCACAAAUUCUUGUUUCGGAGGAAAGUAUAUGGAAGAAGUAGCCCGAGCUAGGAGCUUUUAGAAGAUAUUGCAGCUGAUGAAGAAAGGGGACAUGAUUCAUAGGUACACCUACACUACUAAUUAGUAAUAGCCUGUAAAAUCACAAACGCUGCUUUCACAUAUCUCAAUUUGCCAUUUCAAAAGAAAUUCUUUAUAGAACCAUUGUUCUUGUACAUUUUUAAUCCACAACAAUUAAUAUAUCGCUGCGGUUAUUGGUACUGGGAACAAUCA